AUGAAGCUCAAACUCAAGAACCCGAACGCCGCUCCCAGCGAUGCGCCGCCCUCAGAACCUCCCCCGUCCGACGCGCCUACACCCGUUUCCGCAAAACCAGGAGGCCUUAAGAUCAAGUUGAAGCCCGCAGCCCCCGCGGCCGGUGAGCCUGCGGAUAGCCAGAAUGGCGAGGCCAAAGUGAAGCGCAAGUACACCAAGAAGCCCAAACUCGACGAAAGCGGUAAUGUCAUUCCCCCGGGAAAGCCUGGACCCAAGAAGAGAGCACGCGAAGACGGCGGCGAUGAUUUCGAUUCACCCGCCGCCAAGCGCAAACCGAAGCCUACCGCGAAGAGCCUCGCCAUGGCUAACGAUACCGACGACGAGGACGACUACACCGCGGUCGAACAACCUCCACCACAGCCCAUCAAGUCGCACAAUCGCACUCAAUCUAUCAAACUCUCCAUCAAACCGAAGGGAGCCAUGGGCUCGGCGAGACCCAGUACUGCUAUCCUCAAGGUCAAAGGUGCGGGAAAGCCGCCAGUCAGACCAUACGGUGUCGGUUAUGACAGUGAAGCAGAGGAGGCGGAACCCGACCCAGCGAUCGAAUCGCAGUUUGUGCUGCGCAUGAAGCCCGGCCCAGACUGCGAUCUUCUGCGCAAGUCCAUCGAGGAGAAGACUAUCGGCAAGAGCGUAUCGCAGGGAGGGCCCGGCGUACACUUCCGAUUCUUCGACCGCGAGGGUCGGCGAGCCAUGCUCACUAUACAGAACCGCAUGUACGCUGCGACCAUGGUCGAGCUCCCCGCAGUCAUAGAGUCGCUGAAGAGUUGGAACAAGAAGGAUUGGGUCAAGACCGCAGACGUAUGCCAGAUGUUACUAGUUUUGGACGAGGUUAAGAACGAGGACGAAGCUAGGAAGUUCCCGCUUCCUUCCUAUAUCUCUCCAGACACCCAUCGGUUUCCCCAUGGUCUGACACCACCCAUGAAGUGGGCUCGCAAACGGCGUUUCCGCCCUCGCAAAUCAUACAUUGAUGUUGAGCGAGCCGAGGCGCAGUUGAAUCGACUAAUAGAGAAUGAUGCGACUGCAGUGUCAACAAAGUACGAGAUGGUAGAUAGUGAGGCAGAAAGCUCAGAGGAGUCAAGUUCUGAAGAGGAGGUCGAUGACGAUGAAGAGAUGGCAAAUGCUACCCAAGUGGAGGAAAUGGAUGCCGACCAACUGGAGCAGAUGCUUGCUGAAGGACUCAUGGAUGACGAGGUUGAGUUCCAGGGCGACAAUGAUCAGCUCAACGCCUUGCUCGCUGGUAACAACAAUGUGCAAGUUGAACAGGUCGACACUCCUACGACCGCUCACGAUGUCGCUAUGCACGCUCUGGGCCAUAACGGCAACGUCGUCGAAACUGAGACUGCGGCUUCUACUCCAGCAGCAGCGACAUCUGCAGACGACGAUGAUGACGAUGACGAUGCAGAUUCUGAUGAAGACGUCGAUGAGGUGGAUGAAGCCGCGGCGGCUGAAGAGCAACGUCAAGAGCAACUCCGGGGUGAGAUUGCAGAGUUGGAGAGGGCUAUUGUUCAGAGCACAGAAGCGCGCGACAGGCAGACCAACGUCCUCUUCAAGAAGCGUGUGCAAACCCAGAUCGAUAAGCAGAAGGCCGAUCUUGCAAUCAAGCGUAAGCAGCUCGGAAAUGAGGAGGCGGAUGAAUAA